AUGUCCAUAUCACAAGCACAGGAAUCAGAAAAUAAAAGUGGUCGUGGUGAGCCAAUAUUCCAAGAUCUAAAGGAGCUGGACGAGGAUCAGUCUCCAGUUACAAUUAUUGAUAGUUUAUGUAUGCAAUGUGGGAAAAAUGGCUUGACAAAACUCCUCCUGACUAAAAUUCCACAUUACAAAGACAUUAUUUUAAUGUCUUUUGAAUGUGAAAAUUGUGGAUUCACAAAUAAUGAACUUCAAAAUGGUGGAAAAAUUAAUGAGAAAGGAGUUAGAAUCAAACUGGAAGUCGUUGACAAGAAGGAUCUAAACAGACAGGUGGUGAAAUCUGAUUAUACCAGCGUAGCAAUACCGAAGUUGAACUUUGAAAUUCCAUCGCAAUCGCAGAAAGGAGAAAUAACGACAUUGGAAGGAAUAAUUGACAGAAGCAUAACGGGAUUGGAGCAAGAUCAGCCGAGAAGAAGAGAAGAAAAUCCUGAAACUGCAGCGGAGAUCGAGUUAUUUAUUUCGAAACUACAGUCUCUGAAAACCAUUGACGAACCAUUUACUAUUGUCUUUGAAGAUAUCACCGGGGAAACGCACGUGGAAAAUCUCAAUGGACUACGAAAGGAUCCUCAGUGUUCGGUGAUUCAAUUCGUAAGAUCGGAGGCAGAGAACAAAACACUGGGAAUUUUCGAAGAAAAUAAUGAUGAACUGUUGAAGCCUAUGGACCCCGGAAGCUUUACACUGGAAGAAUUGGAGGGUGAAGUCUUAACAUUCCCCACCAAUUGUCCAAAGUGCAACACUCCGUGCUCCACAAAUAUGAAAAUGACGAAUAUCCCACACUUCAAGGAAGUGGUGAUAAUGGCGACGACAUGUGAUCAGUGUGGGCACAAAACGAAUGAAGUUAAGAGCGGCUGCGGGAUAGAAUCCCAAGGAGUAAGAAUGAAAGUUAAAGUCAAUGGAAAAGAGGAUUUCAGCAGAGAUGUCUUGAAAUCUGAAACAUGUUCAAUGGAAAUUCCAGAAUUGGAAUUGGAAGUGGGACCAGAUGCUCUUGGGGGCCGUUUCACAACUGUCGAGGGGAUUAUCGUAGCAACGAAAGAUCAAUUAUUAUCUAAUACUUCGUUUUUCGGAGAUAGUGCUGAUAAAAAUGUUACAAAAGAAAUGGAUAAGUUCCUUUCAAAAUUGGAUCAAGUCCUGGAUGGCACAUACCCAGUGACAAUUGUUCUUGAUGAUCCAGCUGGUAAUAGUUACAUUCAGAGUCUCGCAGACAUCGGCUGUGAUGAUCGAUUAGAAAUCACGAAAUACGAGAGGAGUUUUCAACAAAAUGAUGAGCUGGGGAUCAACGAUAUGAAAGUUGAAAAUUAUGAAACUGAUUGAAUGACAUUAUGUCACUAUUGUCCAAAAUUUUGUAUAAUAAAGUGGAUAGAUGAAUUCAA